UCUGCAGUACUGAAGAGGGACUCGUCCCGCUGGAACCGUCGAGACAGCAGACAAGAUUAUUGCCGGGAGGAAUGAACAUGUAUGAUCAGGCCUACUUCCCGCAGUCCUUCAAGCCGGCCUCAGCUUUCCAUGAUGCUGCUUCUCUACUCGCUGUCGACGGCAGCGACAUGGCGAGUAUUGAGCCCGACACCGUUGUCCAGGAAGCGGCUCACCUCGCCGGCCGCAAUGGCUCGCCCAGCUCGGGCACGGGCUCAGACGGCGCCGCGGGUAGCGGCUACCAGAUGAACAAGGUGUCUCUGGCGGCUGAGGAGGAGCGUCGGCGUCACCGAAUGGUGUCGAACCGGUUGUCGGCGGCACGGUCGCGCAUGCACAAGGAGCAGCACCUCGACGACCUGUGCCAGCAGGUCUCGCGCCUUCGCGGCGUCAACCUCCACCUCCUCGACCAUCUCAGCCGCACGGUGCGGCACUGUGAGGACGUCCACCGCGAGAACGCGUGGCUCAGGGACGAGAAGGCCGAGCUGGUCAAGAAGCUCGAGCAGCAGCUGCAGUCGGCCACGGCCAGGGAGAACACAAUAGAUCACGCUGCAGAGACCAGUGGUGGAGCUAGAAUUGAACCCAAGUGGGGAUUGGUGCUACAGUAAUCACGAUAACGCUAGCAGCCUCGCUUCAACACCUGCUCACACACAACUAAAAGAUUCAGAAUUAAGGUAUGGCUUAUUAGAUGGGGCUUAUGUACAUGGCGAGUUGAACUGGCUCAAUGGCUCAGGUAUUCUUUCACUCUUUACAGCCUAUAGAUGGCUGUUCUUUUACCUUUUCAGUCAAUUUAGUCCAAACAAGCAUGGAGGCUCUUCUUCUUCUAUCUUUAGAACUCCCAUCCAUGCAUUGAAAUUGGAACGAGGGGCAAGGUGCUCCCUUAUCUGACAAUCAGUAUGGAGGGCUUGAGCUCAUUCUCCCUUCCAUGGAUCUGCCACUCCCCAUGUUCUUCUCUAUAUUGUUUGUUGCAGCAAUUCAGAUAAAUAGAUAUACAGUGAGGCUAGCGUGGAGAAAGGGGGGCCAUGACCCACUUUGGCCGACACAUAGCUCCGCCACCAGCAGAGACAAAACGUAUAUAGCUUGAAAUGAACAAUUAAAAGAAAUAUGUUAUGAGUUCGUCAUUCAUUAUGUUUGUACUUUGUAGUAUUAUUAUUUAUCAGCUGAUGGGAGGUGCUACAUUUAUCCAA